AUGGCUGCCAUCAGCCCCAGCGAGAUUGUUGCAGCGAUCAGCCCCCCGGAUGGCAAAAUUCAGGCCAUUCGAACUUUCCAGCAAGUCCAUCCUCCUGAGGACUAUGGCCUUGCUUGGGUCGCAGAAGUCGACCAGCAGCAGGCAAACACCUCUCUGAAAGCUUUGCAGAACGCGUUCCCUUUCCUCAAGACCGGCCGCGACAAGAAGAACAAAGACAAGAAGGGCAAGAAUGCCAAAGCCGAAGAUCCCAAGAGCGAGGGCAAUGACGAUGAGGACGAAGAUGAUGACCUUAUCAACCUCCGGCACCUGCGUCGCUUUUGCAGCCGCGGCCGCCUUCCCAUGAGUGUCAACGCCAAGCUGGGACCGCAUUAUCCUGAGGGGUGCAACACAAUGUGCUUGAUGGUUGGCCCUCUGAUGCCCACUACUACGGAGGAUGAGAUCCGAGAAGUCCUCACGCCCUUCAAGCCGCCUCUCGAUCGCCGCCCACCAUCCCCUACAUCCAGCCACUCUUCGUGGACUGGCAACAACCCUCGCGGCAAGUCCGCUGAUCCCUCCAGCGAUGAGGACAAGGACAAGGAGGACAAAAGUCCUGCCGAAGCUCCUGUGGCCAAAGAGCCACUCAACCUCAUCCAGACCCGAGUUCCCCUCUACCCUCCGACCAACCUCGAGCAGGCCAAAGAGUGGACUGCAAACUUCUGGGAGACCACUUUCAAUGCGGCUUCCACCAAAACCAAAUUCGCUCCCAACCCUCGGGCAUUGAAGGACAUGGAGAUGUCGCUCAGUUACUUCGCUGGCCAUUACCUUGCUCUCGCGCGUGCCGUUGCCGCUGAGGCCGAAGAAUCCGGCCGUGGUCGCGCCGUUGGCGCAGUGAUCGUCGACCUUGCCGUCCAAGAGCAAAUGCAAAAGGACGCUUGGGACUAUGGCUUCCACCCACUCACGCGGUGGAUGCAGCCCGUCAUUGCCGUCGCAGGUGAUGCGAGAUUCGCUCACCGUGUAGCUGGAGAGAAGUCCGUCAACAUAGGCAAACGCCCUACACAUGAUGCGAACGACGACGCCCUGCCGUACAACGCAGACGAGGAAGGCAGCCCUGAUCUCCACGCUAUGAUGCGUGCGGCUGCCCUGGUUGGACUUCGCCGGCUGGAAAUUUCCGGGCUCGAACCGCCUCUUGAAGAAGACAUCCAAGCUCAGCUUCUGGAUGAUCUUACCCCCCUUGAGUCAUACUUCUUGUAUGAUAUGGACAAAAAAAUUCGCCCCUCCCCCCACCUCCUUCACCCCGGAGCACCGGGUCCACGGCGGCACAAUGAUGAGGACCCGGAGACCAUCGACCACCUGAUGCUCGACGAGGGAAGCUCUGUCCCUGGUCUUGAGCACGGUGACGAGCGAGAGCCUGAGCCUCGCAAUGCCGAUGAUCAGCCCGGCCCCUCGACCACGCCCGCCGCCCGUAUCAAGUCCCAGAAGGCCGGUGGCUACCUCUGCCGGGAUCUCGCCAUUUUCCUUUCCCGCGAGCCAUGCGUUUGCUGCUCGAUGGCGAUGGUCCAGUCGCGUUUCGAGACGGCCGUCUACCCGCAAAUCGGCCGUACUCUUACCGGUGGCCUCGCUUCUGAGUCCGUGAUCGACCAGUCUCCCCCCAUCACGGACGAAGAUGAGUACCAGGAGAUUUACCCCUCCUCGGAUACUGAUCCGAUGGAGAAUCGGGUGUUUUACGGACUCAAUUUCCGUAAGGAGCUCAACUGGCGGUUCCCCGCCUUUGAAUACAUCGAGGAGCGCCCUGAAUGGGUGGAUGACUCGGUCCUUUUCCACGCUUAA